AUGUCGGGCAAGAGUGAAACGUCACCCCCCUCCGGUGUCACGGACGAGAACCAACCUACCGGUCAAGAAUCGACAGCAUCGUCCCCAACGAGCUCUGUAUCGCCAGAGGCACCCAACCCAGAACGGACCCCGAGGGAGAAUGCAAAUGCCGUGCGCAAACAUGCGCCAUGCUGUCGUGACUUUGAUCCGAUGGAUCAAGCUGGGGCAACAUCACUAUCGGCAUCGAUGCUGCCCUUCAGUAAGGUCCAGGACGUUGAUGAGUGA